AAAAAAAAAAAAAAAAGAGUUAAGACCCUGGAAUUAGCCGCCUUCUCGCGGGGUGCAUGAAAAAAACACUUCCGGGACUGUUCCAAAAGGGAAGAGUCAUAAUUAGAAGCUUUGCAAAUAGAAAUCAUUCCUACCACAAGACUUGAUCCAGGAUUUGUCAAAUUACCUACACGUGCAGCAAAAAGUAGACGGGAAAAGACGGACACAGAGAGACAUCCACGUCGUUCCUUUUCUGGCAAAUACCAAGCAUCCGCAGGGUAGUACGAUUGCGGCUUAGCCCUGCUUCUCGGUUUGGAAUUCCGACCAUUACUUCUGCAUCUGCAGACAUGGAUUCCACUACGGAGGUACCCAAAACCUGCAAGGUUGUUACAGCAGAGACCGUUGCAAAAAGUCUCCUGGAGGAGGUUAGGUCGCAAAAGGGGACAGAUUCGAAACCUUAUCUGGCCGCCUUCCUAGCCAACGACGACCCUGCCGCUCUUCAGUAUGCCCAAUGGUCUAAGAAGACGUGUGAAGAAAAUGGGUUUGAAUUCGACCUGCGACAGGUUGGAAAGGAUGCGCUGGAGGAGGAUAUCAUCGCUGCCAAUGAGGAUGCCAAGGUAGACGGUAUCAUUGUUUACUACCCGAUCUUUCCCGGCAACCCCACGCACGACAAGUACAUUCAGGAGACAGUGGCUCUUGAGAAGGACGUGGAGGGCUUGUGCCACAAGCACCUAUACAACAUGUACCACAACGUCAGAUUUCUUGACCCUCCCACCAACUCUAAGAAGUCAAUCCUGCCCUGUACGCCCCUGGCAGUCGUCAAGAUACUUGAGCACCUGCAGAUCUACAACUCGAUCCUGCCGUACGGGAACCGUCUGUACGGCAAGACCGUCACCGUCAUCAACCGCUCAGAGGUUAACGGCCGUCCACUGGCAGCCCUUCUGGCGAACGACGGUGCCAAGGUCUACUCUGUAGACGUCACCGGCGUGCAGCUGUUCACCCGCGGGCAGGGUAUUCGGCAGCCACGUCACCAAGUCCUCGACAAGGAGGAUUGGGGACUCAAGGAGUGCAUCCCACUCAGCGAUGUCAUUAUUGGAGGCGUCCCCGUCGCUGAGUUCAAGAUCCCGGUCGAACUCAUACGUGAGGGUGCUGUCUGCAUCAACUUCUCUUCCUUCAGAAAUUUUGACGGGCCCGCGGUGAAGGAGAAGGCAUCGAUAUACGUCCCGUCCGUGGGCAAGGUCACGAUUGCUGUGCUCUUGCGGAACCUAGUACGGCUCAUUGCCAACCGGAAUCCAGGGAUUGAAGCGGCAGCAGCAAAGUCAUAGUUGAGUGCGAAUGACAAGGUACGACAACAUGAGGCAAGUAAGGCCCAGUAGAAAACAAAACUUGAAUGUGGAAAAUCACCAAUCAUGUAGUGAGUUUGAGAGCCACCCGGAUAGAGAUACGACAUGAGGUCUGUACCGUGUUACAAGAAGAAGGGACUAGAAAGACGAUGAUAAAAGACUCAUCGACGUAUGCCAUAUCAGCCGAAAAAAUGGUAGCUUGAACGAGCAUCUUUACAGAAAACUGAUAUAUGGUUGAUGUGAUGUUGCUCCCAUGAGAGAAUAUUGCUAGAUAUGCUGGCA